AUGUGGGAUAGACGGAAAGAACUGCGACAGUUGGAUGAAGUAACUCUGUCAUUGCUGCAAUAUGAAUUCGAGCAUUUUCGACAAGAAUCUACAAAUAAUGUUACUUUGAUUGAUGCAUUAGCAGUAGCAGUAAUGACCAAAGAAUUAAUCAUUGAAAGAUUGGAAGAGAGUAUCGGAAUGGCACUUCCGUACUGGGAUUACCGAAUGGACACUCAAUUGGCGGAACCGAAAGAUUCGUCGAUUAUGCUGAUGGAGCUGUGUCAGCACGUAAAUGAAAGCAAUGACAAUUUGCUGAUGAACAGUACCGAAGAAGAAACUGAUCGACAGUUGUUGAAAAUUGAACAAAGAUGUAAAAGUGGUGCAUUACUGACAUUUCUGCGGCAAACUUUACCUCCUGACAACACUCUUACAAAAGGAUGUUCACUGUGUGAAACUAACAACAGCAAAAGAUGGUUGUUCUGUGAUCGGAAUACUCAUCUAUGCGUUAGUAAAAUAAUUCCUAAUGGUGACUGCACGAAGUUCCAAAAUAAUUCAGAAAGCUGUUUUCAAUCAAAAUGUGAUCAGGGGCGCUGUAGUCAGCAAGAAAUGACGACUAUUAUGAAAGUAUCUGAAAACACUACCAUCGCAAGAAAUUCUGCAAGCUAUCUUAAAAAUUCAUUACUUCCGCCGAAAGCAGUACUUCUGACGAGGAACUUCACAUCAGACAUAAAUUCAAAUCAUAUCCGUAGAACUGAUGUACAAAAUGCGAAAAAUAGCUCAAUAUCUCAUUGGGUAAUCUCAGAAGGUAAAUAUCAAAUACUAGAUUUUAUGCCGAUCGAAUUGUCAAAAUUCAAAGGUAGUACAGAAAACAGUUCUUACGACAAAAAAGAAAUAAUUUUACCUAUAAAACGAAAUAGAAAUAGGAAGAAGGUCAAGAAGCAUUCCGGGGGAUUCAGAAAUAAAGGUGAAGCUGAAAUUAACAAGACAUCUCCUAAGAAAUAUCCGGAAUCGAUCCAUUUCGUUCAAUCCGAUAACAACACAUUUCCGACAAAGAAACGAUCGAAAUACGAUGACUCCCACAGAAAAUUCAAACAGCAAGAAGCAGUUAGUAAAGUGCGAAAAGGCAUUAUUCAUUUAUAUGGAUUUGAUAGACCAUCUUCCAGUGAGGAAUUGCUGAAAUCUUUGAAAAUAGGUCCUGAUUUCGGAAAGGUUCCUGAAUUUGGCAUGAAAGAUGCAAAAAUACCAGUGCAGGCCGAAGAACAAUAUAAGACCACUACUGUCAGUGUUCCCUCGCAAUAUGUUUACUUUUUUAUUACUGUUAUUAAAGGUAAAUCAAAACGUAAUAAUUUACUGAACCGAGCUGUUGAUGUCUGUGAUAUUACACUUAGCGGAGCAAACAUGCCUUAUGGUUUCACUGAAAGCAUCAAAGGACAGUUGAUUCAAAAUAAAACGUCUGCUGUUUUACGUACAUUGAAUCCGGAGAUGUUUGGCCCACUUGUGGAAUUCUAUAUUACAGUAACUGAUCAGGAUGGACGACUCUGCCAGCAAAAAUGUUUGAAUACCAAAGGAACUUAUGGAAAUUGCGAAGAACGGCCAAUUCGAUUAUCAAGUCAUGAGUUCAUCGUUUUUUCAGAUCCGAUUGAAUUUCAUGAGACCCAAAACUUACUUUUGGAACAUCAAUGGAUCGGAAGAGGAUAUUAUCGCAAGAGAAAACGCAAUUUCUUACUAUUUAUUUGUGACGAAUGA